AUGGGAGAUUCAGAUUCAGAUAGAGAUAAUAUAUAUGGAAAGACCAAUACAAAUAGAUUGUUCGCUUUAGAUGAGUUUCUUGAUGACAAUUCAGAUGGGAUGUAUUCUGAUGCAUCUUUAUCACUUUCAGACAACAUGCAAAAAAUACUUGAAGAGCGAAAGCUAUAUUCCUUUAAUCAAAUGGCUCCAUCACAAUACUCUCCUAUAUACAUGGACAAGUCUGAGCAGGGGGCGUAUGUAGAUGCAUGGUAUACCAAAAAAAGAAGAAGGCCAUAUAAUGCCCCGUGGGGGUAUACUACUUCUCCCGAAAGAGAGGGGUAUGAGGCAGAGCCUAUUCAAUAUCAAUCGCCACCGCAUGAGCUGAAAAAGAAAAAGAUGUGUUUGGGGGUUCUUAAAAAGAUCCCUGCGCCUCAGGAAAAAAGCACAGUUAAUUCUGUUCUUCCUCUGUACUUAAAUGCCACAACAAGUUUUGAGGGGCCCGGACAAAGAAUUGAAUUUUUAAAGAUUAGCCAUAAUUUCAUGUCAAAAGUACAGGGAAUUGAUUACUCUUCACUCACAGUACAGCAGUUAAAAAGCAUAAUGAAGGAGUUUGGUCUUUCAUACACGGGCAAAAAGCAUGAGUUAAUUGACAGACUGCUUAAAACUGUAGAUAAAAUACAGAAAAAACAAAAUCAGGAGAAAAGCAAUGCAUGCACACCUCCUGAUCAAACAAAGAGCCAAAGCAAUGUGCAAGAACCCAGUACGCCAGAGGAUAAAACAUCUCUAGGGUUUAUGUUCUUUUAAAUCUAAUACUAAAUAAAG